AAUUUCUUCGUGUUUCUUCUCGAUUUGCUCUAGGUUCUCUGUGGAUUAUCGUGAGGCAUGGCUACUGGACUCUCGAAACGAAAGGCGAAGACAGCUGUACUUGGGUCUCGAAAGAAGAUCAAAGCAAAACACUUGACUGCCAAUGAUCUGGCUUGGAAGACCGUCCCUACGUCCAAGGAAGCCGGAUUGACGGACGACUUCGAUGGCAUUCUGGAGUUGGAGGAAGUGGACAAUGUGGAAGUUGUAUACGAAGAAACUGAGGGCGGAAAGAUUGCUAGAUUCAAUGUUAUUGAUACUACUAAUGAUGCGAUAGACGUGUCUGAGGAAGGGGAUGACGAGGAGAUGAAUGAUGGACCAGUUGCGUCCGGCUCCUCUCCACUUCCAGCACAACCUUCAGAGACUGAGGUAGAGACUGAAGCUCAAGAAGUAACCUUCAAUUCCAAAACACUAUUACCAGACUGGCAUCCCUUCAACCUCCACCCACAACUACUCAGAACACUAUACUCUCAACGCUUCACACGUCCCACUCCAAUCCAGUCUGAGGCCAUUCCAAAUGCACUCAAGGGCAAGGACGUCGUUGGCGUAGCAGAAACUGGAUCAGGCAAAACUCUUGCCUAUGGUCUCCCUAUCCUGCACUACCUUCUGUCUGCUGCAUCUUCUCCCCCAAAAAUACCUCAAAAGCGGAUGAAACAAAAGCGUCCCAUUCGCGCACUUAUCCUCACGCCUACUCGUGAAUUGGCAUUACAAGUCUCUUCACACUUGAGCGUAUGUCUUCAAGAAGUUGAAAUAUUGGAUCCUGCCGUUAAGACCGAAGAUGAUGAGUCUAAUCCGCCAUUGUCUACUGACAAAGCCGUUAAGGGAAAGAAAAGUCAGAAAGGCAAGGGCAAGGAGAGACAACAAGAUUCUAAACCGGGACAAUCGAAAGCCAAAGGACCCCCUCUCGUGAGCGUUGCUACGAUUGUAGGGGGAAUGUCCGCUCAGAAGCAACGUCGUAUUCUCGAUCGAGGAGUUGACGUGCUAGUUGCGACUCCUGGACGACUUUGGGAUAUUCUACAAGAGGAUGACGAUUUAGCUAGUCAAAUCAAAACCCUCCGGUUCCUCGUACUGGAUGAAGCUGAUCGUAUGAUCGAAACUGGCCAUUUUGCGGAGCUCGACAAUAUCCUACGUCUUACAAUGAGAGUAGCAAAGGAUGAGGUCAUCGAACCAGAGGAGCCCGAGGCUGAUGUCUCGGAAGCUGUUCAAGACGAAAGUACACGAGUAGAACCUGAUUUGCAAACAUUUGUGUUCUCUGCGACUUUGAGUAAGGAUCUCCAACGGAACCUCAAAAAGCGACAACGAUUCAAGGGCAAGAAAAACCGCAAACCUGCGUCCACUCUAGACGACCUUGUCAUGAAGCUGGACUUCCGUGAUCCCGAGCCAACUGUCAUCGACCUCAGUCCAGAAGGCGGUGUUGUUUCCACUCUCAAACAAAGUCGAAUCGACUGUCUCUCAGGCGACAAGGACGCAUACCUCUACUACUUCCUUCUGCGAUACCCCGGUCGUUCACUUGUUUUCCUCUCAUCCAUAGACGGUAUUCGUCGGCUUAUGCCUUUGAUGGAAUUAUUGGAGAUCAACGCCUUCCCGCUACACUCACAACUUGAACAGCGUCAGAGGUUGAAGAAUCUCGAUAGAUUUAAGAACACGGCGAACUCGGUUCUUCUGGCUACAGACAUCGCUGCACGUGGUUUGGAUAUCCCUGCUGUGGACCACGUCCUGCAUUAUCAGAUCCCUCGAUCGGCGGACGUGUACGUCCAUCGGAAUGGUCGAACUGCACGUGCGAUGAGGGAAGGAUUCAGUCUGCUCAUGUGUGCUCCUGAUGAACGGCGCCUCGUUCGUGCGCUUUUGAAUAGUCUUGGCAGAGAUGAGGUGGAGAUUCCCGAAAUGGCCGUUGAGCUUUACCUCCUGGACAAAUUGAAAGCACGGAUCCAGCUUGCACGCCAAAUUGAUAACGCUCAGCACAAGAUCAAAAAGGAGAAUCAUGAAAAACAUUGGCUCCGAGAGGCUGCUGAAGCCAUGGAACUCGAGAUUGACUCUGAUAUGGGCUUGAGUGAUGACGACGAUGACGCGAAAGACGUUCCAACAAAGCACAAAAAGAAGACGGCCAAUGCGAAGACGGCAGUGCUGAAAGCGGAGCUCAAGCAACUCCUGGCGCAACCUCUAAUCGCACGAGGAGUUUCAACACGGUACAUCACUUCUGGGAGUAGGUCCAUUGUGGAUGACGUGAUCGCCGGACAGUAUCACGAAAGCAUGCUCGGACUCAAGAAGUCUCAAGCAGGCCACGAUGUCACUGCGCCGAGGAAAAAGCUCAAACGAAAAAAGGCGAAGGAGGAGUUUGAGGAAUGGAAUGGUAUUGAAUCGUAGCAAGUUUCAUUGCAUUUUUCAUUACUGCGCAAGAGAUAGAUCUAGACUUUGUUUCAUGUUCUCCGGCUACCAAGUAAUACACUUUGCAGCGAGGCGCCAAGGCCCGCGGUAAAGUCUUGUGGAUUGCGUGUGCUGGUUUUGUCAUUUCCGCACCUCCUUCUUGUUCCCCGACCACGACGAUCUACUUCCAGUGGAUUUAACUCAUCUUAAUUCAACGCCUCGGAAAUGGCUC